UAGUCACCGAACCGCAGUCACAACACUGCCCAGAACGGCCGGCCUGUGAUUGGCUGACUCUGCGGCCAAUGCGUGUCUGAGGCUGGCCGGAUAUUGCUGCUAGGGGCGGGUGUUAGAGCUGCGGACGGGGUAAGGGAGAACGGAGGUGCUGGUGGGUGAACUGGAAGCGGCCGCGCUCGCAGUGGAGUAUCCGGGGACCUAGUGCGGGCUAGAAAGUGACAUCCAAGUGCUAGAGAGGGUCUGGAGACAACAUUUGCAGCCCUUUUCUUGGAAUACAAGUUAUGAACCCUUUCUGGAGCAUGUCUACAAGUUCCUCACGCAAGAGACCUGAAACUGAAGAAAAGACUGUGACUGGAGAGUUGAGAAUCAGUCCUCCACGCACCUCUACAAAGAAACAGCUGCCUUCUAUUCCAAAAAAUGCUGUGCCGAUGACCAAGCCUGCUUCUCCUGCCCCUUCACCCCAGUCUACAAAUGGAACGCAUGCCUCCUAUGGGCCUUUCUACUUGGAAUACUCUCUCCUUGCGGAAUUCACUUUGGUCGUAAAGCAGAAGCUGCCAGGAGUUUAUGUGCAACCAUCUUACAGAUCAGCAUUAAUGUGGUUUGGAGUGAUAUUCAUAAGACAUGGCCUCUACCAGGAUGGUGUGUUCAAAUUUACAGUCUACAUCCCUGACAAUUACCCAGAUGGUGACUGCCCACGAUUGGUGUUCGAUCUACCAGUCUUCCACCCACUAGUAGAUCCCCUCUCAGGUGAAUUAGAUGUGAAAAGAGCAUUUGCAAAAUGGAGGCGAAACCAUAAUCACAUAUGGCAAGUACUAAUGUAUGCUCGCAGAGUCUUCUACAAGAUUGAUACAACCAGUCCUUUGAAUCCGGAAGCUGCAGUGCUAUAUGAAAAAGACAUUCAGCUGUUCAAAAGUAAGGUGGUAGACAGUAUCAAACUAUGCAGCAGUCACUUAUUUGAUCAGCCUAAAAUAGAAGAUCCCUAUGCAAUUAGCUUUUCUCCAUGGAAUCCAGCUAUACAUGAUGAAGCUAGAGAGAAGAUGUUGACUCAGAAAAAGCCAGAAGAUCAGCACUGCAAAAGCAUGCAGGUGUCUGGGCUGUCAUGGGUAAAGCCUGGUUCAGUGCAGCCUUUCAGUAAAGAAGAGAAGACCAUGCCUACCUAACUCUUCAGGACCAUGAUGCACGAAACACUUUCUGUAGGUGGAGGGAAUGUAACGGAGAGAGAAACGGCAAACUAGCAGUUUCCUUCUUGACAAUGGAUUAGUAAAAACUGAACGAUAGCAGUGACUCAAGUAAACCUGCUCAAUGGA